UGCAGAAUGUGGUGAUGGGGUCCGUACACGUUCAGUGGUUUGCAUGACGAACCAUGUCAGCAGCUUGCCUCUGGAAGGCUGUGGCAAUAACAGACCUUCUGAAACAACUCCCUGUAAUAAUGGACCCUGUGCUGGUAAAGUGGAGUGGUUUGCUGGGGGCUGGACACAGUGCUCUACAGAAUGUGGCAGUGGAACUCAACAGAGAGAAGUCGUUUGUGUUAGGAAAACUGAAGGUAAUUUCGAUGUUUUGAACCCCUAUGAAUGUUCAUAUUUGGAAAAGCCUCCCAGCCAGCAAUCCUGCUACCUCAAACCAUGUGGAUCUAAGUGGUUUCAUACAGAAUGGAGCACGUGUUCCAAAUCCUGUGAAGGAGGAUUUCGGGUUCGAGAGGUACGAUGUCUGUCAGAUGACAUGACAGCCAGUACUCAGUGUGAUCCACAGCUUAAACCUGAAGAAAAAGAACCAUGUAACACACAAGAUUGUAUCCCUGAAAUAGAUGAGAACUGCAAAGAUAAAUACUACAAUUGCAAUGUGGUGGUUCAGGCCCGGCUCUGUGUCUACACCUAUUACAAAACAGCCUGUUGUGCAUCCUGUACACGUGUGGCAAACAGACAAUCUGGGUUUCUAGGACGUAGAUAACAAAUACUCUUCUACUCAAAGCGGCAAUCUCAGUCUUCAGAUGGCGCUUGAACAGUGUUACUGUUUGACUACAGCAGGUUUUAGCUUCUUAGAGAUGGGUUUUAUAUUGCUGAGUACAUCAAG